UGACUUUGAACUGUUUGUCUCUUAUACUUCGCCGUAGAAAAGACGUGUAAACACAGAAGAUUACAAAACUGUUCCAGAAUUCCACCAGUUCAACUCUUUGAGGGUCGGGGAUCUCGUUCUCGCUACAUUUUCUUUUGUUGAUUAGCCUAACAUGGUUGUUGGAGGCGCAUGACACAGAACCUUCCCUUGCUAGAAAAGCUUGAAAUCUAGUUCAGACUGCUAAAAAGACAGACGUCAGGCGUUGAUCACAUUCACUUGACAGGAGCUUGUCGUCUAACGUUAGCGGGCAUGGAGAAAGCCAAUCAAGAUGCCUUUGACAGAGCCAGGCUGCAGGUGAUUAAAGACGGCUAUGAGAAGGCCUUUGAGUGCAUCAACAGGGGCCUGACCGAGGAUGAAGCUGGCCACAAGGCCCAGGCCCUGGCCCAGUACACACAGGGACGCCAGCACCUCCUCAGGGCCAUCAGUGUGCCCUCACAGGGGCAUGAGUGUGUGGGGUGCUCCUGGGAGUCAGCCCGCCAGAUGCAGCACAAGAUGCAGGAGACUCUGAACAACAUCACCACUCGAUUGGCGGUCCUAGAGACCAGCCCAGACCCUGAGUUCCCACCGCCUCUAGAUGCCUCUAAUGGAGUCCCAGGGACAGCCUCUAACUCAAACCUCUACCCCAAACUGGAGAAGGAGAAACCAGAGCGGCCGUCUCCACCCAAGCUGCUGAUGACUAACCGCCAAGGUGGAGCUGUGGGAGGCAGUCUGUUUCCCUCCUUGCCUCUUUCUCCCACUAGGCAGUCUGUGGUGCCUGGUGAGCUGCCCCCUGCCUACUCUUCCCAGGCAGCUGACGGCCACCUGACUAUCUCCUACGGGACAGAGUCUGGAGAAAUGUCGCUGGUGGGAGAGGAGUUCUACAGCCACAUGUCCCCCUCUCCCCCCUCUCCUCAUAGCCUGGGGGAGGAUGGAGAGGAACUCUUCUUCCUGCCUCAUGGGGUACAGAUAUUCUUUGUCACACCUGACGGCCAGGUCAGCGCUCCCUCCUACCCAGGGUACCUGCGGAUGGUCAAGUUCACCAGCCAGCAGUCAGAGAGAGUGCCCAACCGGCCCCCAGCCUUCCUGCAGGUGUGUGAUUGGCUGUACCCACUGAUGGCCACUGACUCCCCCGUCCUGCUGUGUAACACAGGGGUGUUCAUGUUCCCCGACAUGAUGGCGUCCGCCCCGGGGUCCUACGUGGGCGUUGUGCUGUCCUCUGAACUGCCUAUAGAAGACAGACAGCUGUUCCAGGACCUGCUGUCCCAGAUGACAGACCUCAGGGUGCAGGCUCCAAAUGAGGCAGCAGACAGCAUCAACCUGAGCCAGAAGGUGUCCAUCGCUCCCCUCGAGGAAGAGGAGGCCGCAGCAGCAGAGGAGGAGGAGAAGAACCUGCCAGAGUGGAGCGAGAAAGUGGCCAGCGGCAUCCUCACAGGGGCAUCGUGGCUGAGCUGGGGCCUGGUGAAGGGGGCUGAGUUCACUGGCAUAGCCAUCCAGAAGGGGGCGUCCAAACUGCGGGAGCACAUCACCCCAGAGGACAAGCCAGCCCACGUCAGCCCCUCUGUCUCCAAGGGAUUGCAUGUAGCCAAACAGGCCACCGGGGGCGCUGUCCGCGUCAGCCAGUUCCUUGUGGACGGUGUGUGUAUGGUGGCAGGGUGUGUGGGUAGAGAGCUAGCUCCCCACGUGAAGAAACAUGGAGGCAAGUUGGUCCCGGAGUCCAUGAAGAAAGACAAAGAUGGACGAUCCAACAUUGAUGGAGCCAUGGUGGUGGCUGCUAGCGGAGUUCAAGGCUUCGCUACCAUGUGGACUGGCUUGGAAGUAGCAGCAAAGAACAUCACCGUCUCUGUUGCCUCCGAAACCGUCAACACUGUCAAGCAUAAAUUUAGGGGUCUACAAAACAUCUUAGACCCUCCUAAUGACAAGAAGACAUGUAUUUAAAGCCAGCCUUUAAUGAACCCUCCUUAAUAACGAGCAGCAUGGCCAAGGCUUAGCCUCUGUUUCUAGGUGGUCUGAAUGUAAAGCUGCUAGAUUCACCUGUACUCUCUCAACAGGCUACUCUUCUAUCCUACUGGGCUCCCGUAAUUCAACAUGUGGCUGACACUGAUUUCUCUGGUGUCUAACUAACCAACUCUUUUUCCUGACUUUAUUGAAAACAAUAUAACUAUUCCUAAUACAUAAUCAUAGUAUGAUGCACUUAUUGAAUUGAUGUGUAUUAUCUGUAGAAAUAAGUGCAGUCACCAGCCCAACAAUAUAAUCAGUUGUAUAUUUAUAGAUUUAUGAAUAGUCAGACAACUUGAAUAAUUCUGUUGAAUUCAUGAUCUGCAUGGGUGGGAGCUUUAAUGCUAGUUGCAUGUUGCUGUCCUUGCUGUUCCCUGUAAUUGCCCCCCUUCCUGCAGCCCUCCCCCUCUCAACAGUUGGUUGUGUGUGAUUAUAAGGUAUGGGGCUGCAGCCGGCCAGGCCACAGACCAUGCUGUGAACUCAGCCAUUAACAUGGGCGUCACCGCCUUCAACAUUGACAACCUGGGCAUCAAAGCUGCGGUGAAGAAGACUGGCAAACAGACGGCUGUGGCCAUCCUGGAGGACUACCAGCUACGGGACCCUAAUACUAACCAGAAACAAGUAGAGAAACGGGAAAAAUAGGCUCCAUCCGGGAACAAGUCUACGUCCCAAAUGGCACCCUACUCCAUAUUGUCACUACUUUUGACCAGACAAAAUAUAGAGAAUAGGGUGCAAUUUGGGACAGUCAACACCUAACCCCAUGACACUUACCCGCAGUCCACUGGUGUAGAUAUGAGAGGUCUGGAUAGGUGUAAGCAAAUUGGCAACUUCUACCUGCAUAGUCUGUCAAAGGGAAAGGCUGAGGUACUACCAUAUUGAUUAAGCAUAUCCUAUUCUUUCAGAUCUACCCAAGUGCCUAGAGUAGAGGCUAGGCUUGCUUCCAAAAUGGCACCCUAUUCCUGAUUUAUAGUGCACUACAAAGGGAAUUGGGUGCCAUUUGGGAUGCACACCAUGUCCUCUUCCUCUCUUUCCUUUAGAGCUUUAAUUACAACACGAUUUGUAUUCUUCUAUAAAGAAAUCUAUCUAUACAUAAAUGCUUUAGUUGACUAAUAGCCUCUAGAAAUGUUACCAGGGUUUGAUACAACUGUUAAGCACUUUAAUCUUCAUAAUGAACAGUAUAAUGACAUUAUAAUAAUGUCAAAUAUUAUAGUAACUAAGCUGGACGUUGUGUGUAGGUAGGCUGAUGUAUAAUCGCUAAGUUAUUUGUGUUCAAUGUUGGUGAGAAGAGGACACCGGAAUUUAAAAAGUCACGUAGGUGAUAUGAAUAUAAACUGAAAGCAGGAUUCUUGCUUAAAUUUCAGAUGGAACUGUUUGUUUCAAGACUACUGCUGUUGACCUAUUGUAGUAACAGUAGUAUUACUGCAGUAGUACUGUUCACAGUUAAUGUAUCUAGAAGUAAAGGUGUAACUGAGGUAGAGUUGCACAAUUCUGGUAACUGUCCCAAAAUCCCCAGGUUUUCCAGAAAUUCUGGUUUUAGGAAUCUGGAUGUUCUGCUUAUUCCCACCUAGUCUCUUUCCCCACCCGUAAUCUGAGGCCAGCAUUGGGUUCUGGGUUUCAAGAUGAAUUCACUCCUGAUUCCUGGAAGUUCCAACCAGGAUUUCUGGAAAACCUGGGAAUUUUGCAAAAGUUGCUAGAAAUGUGCAACCCUUAUCUGAAAGUCAAGGUGUAUGAGGGGGAAGAAACCCAGCAGCAUGCUAACUAUGUGCUAUAAGAAUACAUGUUUGGGUUCCUUUUAAUCAAUGAAAUAAUGUUCAUGUGUGAAACAAGACGAAACCCAAGCAUGCACAGGAAUAGUUAUAUAGCCGUUGAGGGUACUAUAUCAGAUGGAACAGGGUUCUCUUAAGGUAUACUCUUGUCAUAUGACUUUGUAAUGCAGACGAAAGAGUCAAUCCAAACGUAGAAGCAGUGGAGGUUUGAACUGGUCUGAGAAUGGUCCUUGGCUUGCUUAGUAUGCCUUAAUAACCAGUUACUACAGGCUGUAUGCUACUGUAACCAUAGGCCAAAGCAGCCACCUUACAGAUAGCAAGCCCACGCUACUGUAUUGUCCUGUGGUCCAGUUCAUUAUCUUUGAGAAUCUAUAACCUAUCCUUUCAACUUGGUAUCUGAUUAUUACUUUUUAAAGCUGUGAUAUUCAUUUUCUAUGAAAGGACAAACUAUUUUUUUUUUCAUGUGAUGUAAAGAGAAUCAUAUUCAAUGUCAUUAACAUUUGGACAAUUGUUUUUAACUAUGACAUCUGAAACAAAUAAUUAUGGGAAAAUGACAGAUAUAAAUACAUGAACAGUUUCGGCACAAUUUGAGUGUGUUAUGAUUAGUGUCGUCGUAUAUGUGUUAUGUUGUCAACAUACUGUAUUUAACUUGGGCUGAUGUUUAUUCAAUGUGAAUUGUCUUCAGUAAUAUUUCCCCUUCAGGGUUAAGUGAAGGCAAACUGUCUUUUUGUGUGAACUUGAAAUCUCAUGCAGGCAUUAAAUACACAUCAGCAUUCUCACAAAGUGGUUGUGAUUUUCCGAAUAAUGGCUCUGUGCUUCUGUGGCCCUAUGUGAACAAAGAGUCACAUGGUCUGAUGAUUUAACCAAAUAUCUGAUAUGUAAUAAAAAGCUAUAGACGAA